GUUCUUUCUCUUUCUAUUUGCACCCCUUAGAAAGAAAACAACCAAUGAGCACAUCAUUUUACUCUUGUGGUUGGCCUAUUUGAUGGCUGACUGGGUGGCUGUAUUCGCAAUCGGGCUCAUCUCUCACAAUCAAGGCAAUUCAUGCGCUUGUGCAGCUGAACUAGAUAGAGCACUUCAGGCAUCUUGGGCCUCCUUUCUCUUGUUACAUCUUGGCGGUCCGGACACCAUCACUGCCUUUUCUUUGGAGGAUAGUUCACUUUGGCGACGGCACCUGCUCAAUUUUAUCUUCCAAGUCAGUGCUGUCAUUUAUGUCUUUGUGCAGAUAUUUCCCAUCGACAAGUCGCUAGUGAUCCCAACGAUGCUGGUGUUUCUUGCUGGGGUCAUAAAAAAUGCAGAGAGAACACUGGCACUUAUUUUCUCGAGAAUUUCGAUGCUCAAGAAGGUGGGGGACCCAACUGAUCGUUCCCUUCAUGAGUUAUGUAAACAACUCGAUGCUCUAACAUAUAGAUAUUCUGAUGAAGAAGAAGCAAAGUUUACUGAGAGCAUUGUGGUGAAGAAUGCUUACCCCCUCUAUCUCGUAGCUUCGAUCUUCAUUGGAGAUCUCAUGUUCACACGCGACAUACGCGAAUUGUGCCGCAAAUAUUUCUGCAAAAUUUCUGCGAUGGAUGCGUUGAGAGUGAUGUCAGUUGAACUCCAUUUCAUUUAUGAGAUUCUCUAUACAAAAGCUUUGGCAAUACAUUGCAAGUUGAGCUAUAUUUUCCGCUUCAUAGCCUUCAUUGGCAUUGCCCUGGCCUUCGUCCUGUUCAAUUGCAUGAAGAAGCAUCGACUCCCCAAAGUCGAUUUGGAAAUUACUUAUUCCCUUUUUUUCGGAGGGAUUGCUCUUGAUGUGAUAGCUCUGUUCAAGCUUGUUUUCUCCGAGUGGACCGUUGUUAACAAGCACGAGAGGCGCAGCAGAGAUUUAUGUGAUCUGCAUCCACGUCUUAGUAACUUAGUAUCUGCCAUUUAUGACCUGAGGAAGCCCCGAUUUGCCACAUGUGAAGUAGACCCAAACGCCAAUGUUACGUACGCGGUCUUAGAUACACCAUUAAUAUUUCGAAGGUGGUCGGAAUCCAUCUCUGCUUGCAACCUUAUAUCCGAGAUAUUAAAGGAGAGUCCGAGAAAGAUGUACAAGCUCGAUAAUUUAAAGGACGAUCCAAGAAAGAUGUACAAGUGUGAUGGGUGCUUGGGCAUCACCGGUUGUUCUAAUAUCUGUAGUAUCCCACUCCGUAUGGCAAAGGAGAUCAUCUCUUGUUUCCAUCAAGCUAGGUAUAUAAUCACCCACUGUUGGUCACCGAAUGUGAAUAUGAAGUACCUGUCCAAGAAUCCCUUCAUUAAGAAGUUAUGGAUCUUUAUCUUUAAAGAGGUGAGACGUAAAUCCCAAAAUGCGAAUGAUUCCACAGAGGUAAUGAAGAUAUUUGAUUCAAGAGGUAAUCUGUUUCUCGAGAGGAGACUCGAGGCUAUCGAUCGUGGGAAUCUUUUAGCAUAUGUCACCGAGACCACUUAUGAUGCAAGUAUUUUAGUAUGGCAUCUUGCUACUGAAAUGUGGUACAACAGAGAGAAAAUCACAGUUAGACAUGAGGAAAGGGAAUUCAGCAAGAUCCUCUCCGACUACGUGUUAUAUCUUUUACUUAAUCAGUCUCAUGUGGUGUCCGCUGUGGCGGGAAUUGUCCAAGAGAGAUUAACGGACACGUUGGACCAACUACGGGCAAACAUCAUUAAUCCUGCAUCCAAGGAUGUAGAGAGGGCAUGCAUGGACCUGUUUGAGCAUGGCGGGAAAGCGCGAGAUCGUCUGUUUCAAAGAUCCGCGGUUUUCGAGGGGGUCAAAUUGGCCGAAGAGAUGGGGAGGCUCGGGGAAAAGAAGUGGGAGGUGAUGAGCGGAGUGUGGGUGGAGAUGCUGUCCUUUGCGGCGACUCAUAUCAAGGGAGACGCGCACGUGCAGGUGCUGAGCCGCGGUGGAGAGCUCCUCGCCUUUGUCUGGCUGUUGAUGGUUCAUCUCGGCUGUCUCUACAAACCUGGAUUGGGCAUGUAUUAUGAAGACUGGCUUGUCGAAUUCCUGUCCGAGGCGUAG